AUGCUGUCGGCCUCUCGCCCUCCUUCAUCUCGUCCCAAUCGUCCUGAAAUGAGAGGUCGUGCGCCUCUCCCGGUGCCCUCGGGCCUUCAACAAAACGGCCAUUCCCGCAACCCCUCCAGCCUCGACAUGGCUCGCAGCCCGCCCAACCCGAGCAAUAAGAACACUAAACAUGUUCCCUGCAAAUUCUUCCGCCAGGGUGCUUGUCAGGCUGGCCCCGCUUGUCCGUUCCUGCACUCGACCGAUGCCGCAAUCGACUAUGCGCCCUGCAAAUACUUUACCAAGGGUAACUGCAAGUUCGGUGCAAAAUGCGCUCUCGCGCAUAUCCUUCCCGAUGGCCGCCGUGUGAAUCGAGCCGGUGGUGGAGGUGGUGGCGCUGGUGGUAUGGGCAUGGGUGGUGGCAGUCACUUGAAUCUGGGUGGCCGAGUCAAUCCGCAGGCAUAUGUUAACCAGGACUCUGCCUUGACGAACUCGGUUCUCUCGCAGCAGCGGUUGAAUGGUCACGAGCCCAGGUAUAACCAGCAGCUUGCCCCGCAAGACGAGUCGGGCUUCGUGCAGGGUCAACAGCAGGGACCGUAUGAUGCCAUCCCCACAAUCGAUACCGGCCUCGCCUCCGAUGCCGGCUCCAAGUACGGCUCCCCCGUGGAUGAUGUGCGCUUCCCCAUGUCGCCUAGUGCCCGCCAUCUGACAGCCCUGGAUGCCCCGCUCCCCGCCUCGUUCGAUAGCCAGGGAAUCUCCCAUGCGGCUCGCUAUGGUCCCGUGGCUGCUUCGGUGCCUUCUAAAUUCGGCCUGGGGGAGCUGUCCUCCCCUCCGGCUCAGCGAAUGGGCCCCUCCGAUCCUUUCCGGAAUAUUCGCGAUGUGGGAUACGACAUGCGAAAGCCAUCUUCGAACAUUGGAUCCUCUCCCCCAGCACCUGAAGAUUCCACCGGUCACCGGUUCUUGCACUCUUCCCGCCCUGUGAAGACUCGUAUGCUAUCUGCGAGUGUUCCUCGCCCCGCUUUGCUUGAUGAUUGGGAUGAGAACUUCCCCAUGGAGGAGGACUAUCUGCCUAUGAACCUGCACGAUGAUGUUCUCACACCACAGGAGAAAUUGCGCCGCAUGUCCCGAACAGACAACGACCUCAGCUCCAGUCACCGCGACGUCAGCGGCUUCGGCAUGACAAGCGCCAGCUUCUCAAAGAACGGCUCCCCGCUGGCCUCCAGUCCAUCUCGAUUUGGCGCUCUAUUCGCCAAGCAACGACAGAAGAAGGAAGAGGAUUCCAUCGGCUCGUCAUUCCCCCACAUUGGUUCUCCACUCCGCGAAUCGUCAUUGAACCCUAUCGGUAGCCCAAGCCUGGGCCCAAUUGGCAGUCGUACCUCGAUCGAUGGCUCGCCAUUUGUCUCUAGCCCCGGUCGCCAGUCCUCCAUGUCUAUGAUUUCUGAACAGUUGAGCGGCCUGUCUCUCCACCCCGGCUCGGCCCGUUACACUUCCGCCGGCCCCGGCCGUCUCGAUCGCACUAUUUCUUCAACAACCAGCAAGAUCGAGGAGGAAGAGCAGAGUGACUUGGUCUUCUCCAUGGAGGAGGAAGAGGGAAACAAGCGCAACAGCUCUUCCUGGAACUCCGAGAGCAAGGAGAGCUCGAACGACUCCUAA